UAUAAAUUGAGUUAUGAAUUCCGAUGACGUUUGAAAUUUCAGUUUUGAGUUAGAAAAAAAUCAAAUCGCUUUCUGUACUCAACAUGGCUGGUUGCUACCCUUGUGUUCAGUGUAAAAAACGCUGCCGAAAUAACACUAUACAAUGUUGUAAUUGUAACAGAUGGGUACACGUACAUUGUGUACCAAUGAGUUCAUCUCAACUUAAAAUGUGGUCGCAGCCCCUUCUCAGCUUCCUUUGCCGAGACUGCUGUUUUACAGACAACGAGUACGACUUUUCAAAAGCACUGGAAAGGAUUUCCAGUGCUCUUCACUCCGACCCCAAGGACUUAAAGAUGACAGUUUCAUCAGAAUCCCUCCUGCUAGAGACGUACGGCGUGAAAAUCCCGAAGCAGACUAACCCAUCCGAUCAAACUGUAGAUGAGGUUUCCAGAGACAUACUUAAACAGUUUCACCCAGCAAUUCUGUCCGCAGUAUUCCCGGCUAAAACUGUUGGUGAUGGCAACUGUAUGUACCGUGCUGUAUCUCGGGCUAUGACGGGAUCAGAAUCACAUCAUGUCCACUUUCGAUUGUUGACUGCGAUCGAGAUCCUGCAAAAUAAGUCCUCCUUAAUUCGAAAGAUCGUAUAUGCACAGAAAGUUUAUUUUCACAAUAUUUGUAUAAAUGACAAUUAGUUUUCUUGAACCAGUUGACAAUUAGUGUUUUCCUAAGUUGGGGAUUUAUUUCAUUAACCAUGUCUUCCUUUCUGGAUUAUUCCUUUUUUAAAAACGAUUUUUAAGUUGAGGAUUUGUUUCUUUAACCAUGUCUUCCUUUCAGGAUUUUUCCUUUUUUAAAAAUUAUUUUUUAUCGAUUCAUUAUUCA